AUUUUCUUGGUUUGCUGCUUUAGAAAGCUCUUGAUAAGAAAGUAUUAAAACGCUACCGAUUUCCCUUGGUUUCAUUGGAGGGUCGACACACGUUUGCACUUGUCCAGUUUCCCACAGAAUCCCACAUUUUUGAUUUUCUUUACUUACGCUGUGAAGUGCGUGUGUGUGUGUGUUUAUAACUGUACAACAACAAAGGCAUCCACUUUCACGUCAGGCUGAGAUUCCAACACCAUGGCGGAAGCGGUGAUUGGCAAUAUAUCGAGAAGGUCAACUGCAGGGACGUUGACCAGAACCGUUACGAAGAGAACAAGCAAUCCGCUCUGCGACAUUACGCUGGAUGACCUCGCUGAGAUCCACGACCCGAAGUCUAUAAAGUUCUUCAAGCAGCGCUUCAGCGGAAGCGCCACAACGUUCUACAAGACAUUGAAAACAGACGCCAAGAAUGGGCUGAGUCCAUCGCUACCCGAUGUCGACGCUAGAGUGGAACAGUUUGGUGUCAAUAGGCUGCCCGAGAAGAAGUCCAAGUCGUUUCUACAACUCGCGUGGCAGGAAAUGCACGAUAAAGUGUUGAUAUUGCUAUCUGUUGCCGCGGUGGUUUCGCUGGCGUUGGGGCUAUACGAAUACUUUGGACAACCAGAUGAAUACGACGCGGAAGGUAACGUCGUUCCAAAAGUUGAAUGGGUUGAAGGUGUGGCCAUUAUUGUUGCGAUUGCGAUUGUUGUGCUUGUUGGUGCACUGAACAACUACCAAAAGGAGCUUCAGUUUGCCAGACUGAACGCAAAGAAGAGUGACCGUGAGAUCAUCGUCAUUAGAGGAGGCGAGGAACACGUCAUUUCGAUCUAUGACCUUUUGGUUGGAGACAUUCUCACUCUACAAACUGGUGAUGUCUUGCCUGCGGAUGGUGUCAUGGUAGCAGGAUCAUGUGAAUGUGAUGAAUCCUCAAUCACCGGUGAAUCCCAUUCUGUACGUAAGAUGGCACUGGAACCUGCAUUGUUGACUUAUAACGAGAAGUUCCCAGAGGGCGAGGCCGAUAUUGGAACUAAAGGUGUUCCAGAUCCAUUCCUCAUAUCUGGUUCAAGGCUCAUUUCCGGUUUAGGUAGAGCAAUCAUCACAGCAGUGGGUCCAAAUUCUAUCCACGGACGUACAAUGCAAUCUUUAAACGUGGAAACUGAACAGACACCACUUCAAAUAAGACUGGACAACUUGGCUGGUGGUAUCACCAAAUAUGGUAUCAUUGCAUCUUUGGUCCUUUUCUUUGUACUUUUCAUCAAGUUCUGUGCAAAUCUAAGGAGUGGUCAUGAGUAUGCAGAUCUAUCACCAGCGCUGAAGGGUUCAAAGUUUGUGGAUAUCAUCAUCACCGCUAUCACUCUUAUUGUUGUUGCAGUACCAGAAGGUUUACCUCUGGCAGUCACUCUGGCUUUGGCCUUUGCCACAACUAGAAUGGCGAAGGAUGCCAACUUGGUUAGAGUGUUGAGAGCUUGUGAAAUUAUGGGUGGUGCAACUGCCGUGUGUUCAGAUAAAACUGGUACAUUGACAGAAAACAGAAUGAAAGUGGUCAAUGGUAAUAUUUCCAACAAGGAGUUUGACGAUAAUUCUACUUCAACAAUUGCAAGUUCAGAUGAAUUGGAUCUCCCUGAAGCUGUUAAGAGAGAUGUUUUGACUAACAUUGCACUCAACUCAACAGCAUUUGAAAACAAGCAAUCCGAUGUUGAUCAAAACCCCGUUGUUAAACCUACAAAGCAUUGGUGGUCAAGAAAGUCGAAACAAAGCAAUGCAUUUGGUAAUCCUGAGCCUGAACCGUUUAUCGGUUCUAAAACAGAAACUGCAUUGUUAAUGUUAGCUGAAAAGUCUUUGAAUAUGAAAGGUGAUCAAGCUUUACAUAUAUUGAGAACGAACCCAUCACUGCUGGGGAUUGAGUCUGUUGUACAAGUUAUCCCCUUCGAAUCAUCAAGAAAAUGGGGUGGUAUAGUUUGUAAGUACCAAGGGGACAACUAUAGACUCUACAUCAAAGGUGCUGCUGAAGUGAUUUUCGCAAGAUGUACCCAAAUGAAUAAAGAAGGCAAGGUGGUUGACUUACAACCAGUUGACGUUGAGAACUUUACGCAGAAGAUUACUGACUAUGCAAAAAUGGCAUUGAGAACCAUAACUCUUGCCCAUAAGGAUUUCAACCUUUCUUCCUGGCCUCCGAAGGAACUAACAAAGGAUGAUAACCCAGAGGCUGAUGCUGAUUUGCUUCUUGGUAAGGCCCUCACGAUCCCUUCAACUCAAACUGGACUCACCUUUGACGGUAUUGUUGGUAUCAAAGAUCCAUUGCGUCCUGGUGUUCAAGAAGCUGUGGCACAAUGUAAAAGAGCUGGUGUCACUGUUCGUAUGGUUACUGGUGAUAAUGUCAUAACUGCGAGAGCUAUUGCAUUGAAUUGUGGUAUAAUUCAUGAGCAAGAUCUGGAAGACGACGAUGUAUGUAUGGAGGGACCGGUUUUUAGAAAGCUGGCUUCUACAGAGAAGUCACGUAUUGCUCCAAAACUGAGAGUGUUGGCUAGAUCAUCUCCGGAAGACAAGAGAGUGCUCGUUGAGAUCUUGAAGAAACAAGGAGAUGUUGUUGCGGUCACUGGUGAUGGUACAAAUGAUGCCCCUGCUCUGAAAUUAGCCGAUGUUGGUUUUUCUAUGGGUAUUUCUGGUACUGAAGUUGCCAGAGAGGCAUCUGACAUUAUUCUUAUGACUGAUGACUUUGCUGCUAUUGUUGAUGCAAUUAAGUGGGGUCGUUGUGUCUCAACAUCCAUUAAGAAAUUCAUUCAAUUCCAACUUACUGUCAACAUUACAGCCGUUGUUCUUACAUUUGUGUCUGCUGUGGCAUCAUCAGAGGGUAAAUCUGUUUUAACUGCUGUCCAGCUUUUAUGGGUUAAUUUGAUUAUGGAUACCCUGGCUGCUUUGGCACUUGCAACUGAUAAACCUGAUAACACAAUUCUUGAUAGGAAACCAGAUGGCCGUAAGAGUUCUCUUAUCUCUGUUUCUAUGUGGAAGAUGAUUCUUGGUCAAUCGAGUUUACAACUUGUUGUUACAUUUGUCCUUCAUUUUGGUGGUGAGAAGAUCUUUUUCGGUGAUAAACAUGUGACUGAUCACCAGAAGGAACAAUUAGAUGCGAUGACUUUCAACACAUUUGUGUGGUUACAAUAUUUCAAGUUGUGGGUCACCCGUAAGUUGGAUGAAGCUGAUGGAAUCAGUUCUGUCAGAGCUCGUUGUACUGCUUUCAACCUGAACUUCUUCCAGGAUUUGUUUAGAAACUACUAUUUCCUUGGAAUUUCAGCUCUCAUCGCAGGUAUUCAGGUCUUGAUCAUGUUUGUGGGUGGUUCUGCAUUUUCCAUUGCCAGACAAACAGGUGCAAUGUGGGGUACUGCUAUCAUCUGUGGAAUGCUUUCCCUUCCAUGGGGUGUUGUUAUCCGUAUAACCCCUGACGAAUGGGUCAUUGCUAUUUUCCCACAAAAGGCUUUCAACAUAUUCCUUAGUAUUAUCACAUUGAGUUUCUUAAAGCGUUCAAAGAAAUCACGGAUAUCACUUCAUGAUUAUGAUGAGUACGAAAUGAAAUGGUCUGAAGUUCCUGCUUUCAAGAAUGUUAAAAAUGACAUUCUGUACGUCCGUGAGGGAUCCUCUUUCAGUCCAAAAUCGUUGUAUAGCAGAUGGAGAGGAGAUUCGCUGUCAAACGACGAGGAAAGCACCAUUGGUGAACACACUCAUGCUCUUUCUGCUCUCACCAUGGUUCCUACAGUAGUUGGUGGUGCCAUUGCUGGUUGGUCUCCCCUAUCACACAAGGACCCUAAUGAGAAAACAGAUUGAAUAAUUACGGGUUAGUGCUUGUUCAUCCAUUAAUUAAUUUGGACAUCUCUAGUAUUCAAAAUAUAAAUUAUUUCUGGACUAUACAAUUAAGAUAUCAGCGUAGCUAAGG